AUGGGCAUGGGCUUCGCGGUCGGUGUAUUCGGAGUUCUGAUUCUUUUCCAUGCUGCUUACUCUACUAUCCAGUACCGGGCAUUGUUGAAGAUCACCGAGGAAGAGUUUUCGGGACCUCCUAUGAAUGUGGUCAUGGAAUUACUUGUAGGAUUAGUUCUAUGCAUGUGGGCCGCGCUUGUUGUUCCCGGGAAGUUCCUCUCCAUACUUCCCCAUUCUGAUGAGAACAGAGUGGUUGCUUUACCAGCAAAUCUGGAUUUCAUGAUGUUCAAUCAUCGUGGGAGAGCCAUUCCUUUGGCAAUUGAUGCAAAGUUGAAGUGA